AUGGAACAGCAACAACGCACACCAUCCCCUGCCUCCCCAGAUGAACCAAUUCCUACUUCCAGGAGGCAAAGAUUGCUUGGUCUAGCGAGAGCCACUAGAGACACCUACAUUCCCAGAUUAUCCAAUUCUGUAAGCUCGUUAGCUUCCGGAUAUUCUCGUACAUUAAAUAAUAACCCGACUGAUGUAUACGACGAAGAAGGAAGAUUGAUCUUGCCUAGUGGAACUACUAUUCACCUUUUCCCUUCAUACACGCGUUAUCAGAAUGGCACCUACUACAUUGAUGUAAAAGGAUGGGUGUCGUGCCCCGGUUUAAUGACUAGAAAGAAUAGAUUGAUCCUAUCAUUAGCCAGACAAAUCACCAAGUACAAUAAUAACAACAGCACCCAAGCUUUGAAUCAAUGGCAAAGUGAGCUGAUCAAGCAAGAUAUCUUGAAUCCCGAAAAUGGUUCCGACACUGAAUCCGUCAACCUGGAAAGUAGCAGUGCUGAGCUACAAGCUUCCAGCCCGCUGUCGAAUGGUUCCAAUACUGAGGAUUUGAUUAAGGAAAGAUUGGCAUGCUUUAUAGCAAGAUCUAUCCCUAAUACCGAGAUUGAAAUUGUGGUUGGGUCCCAAGAGAGUAUUGAUAUUGUAGAUAUUGUCACUCAAACAGUCUUUACUGACAAUAAUGGCCAUUUUGAAACCACUCUCGAAGUCAACUAUAAACCAUCGGUAAUUCAAGCCAGAUCAGCUAAUACUGAAACUAUUUUUGCAUUUCAAGAUAUCCUCCUUAUGCCCAAUGGUGGUGUGGGUAUAAUAUCUGAUAUUGACGAUACGAUCAAACUCACGGGUGUCAUUGGUGAUAAGCGAGAACUUAUGACCAAUCUCCUUUUGAACGAAGUUAGUUCAUGGAGUAUACCGAGUAUUAUUGAAUGGUAUCAUCAGAUGUACAAACAUUCUCAGAUAAGUUUCCACUAUGUAUCCAAUUCACCAUGGCAACUUUUCUCCACAAUCAGGCAAUACUUUAAAGCAGUAGACCUACCACCAGGUUCAGUUCAUCUCAAGCAAUAUACCGGGAAUAUUAUAUCCAGUCUUAUGGAACCUAGUAGCUCACGGAAGAAACGAGCAUUGUAUAAGAUUUUGAAUGAUUUCCCUGAGAAAAGGUUUAUAUGUAUCGGAGAUUCUGGUGAGUAUGAUCUUGAGGCAUACGUAGAUCUUGCAAAGUCAUAUCUGGGAAAAGUUAUAAGCAUUAACAUACGAUAUGUUGUUGAUUCAUUGUCUGAUGUGGAUGAUAAGAAGAUUUUUGAUGAGUUGACGAGAUUAUUAAAGAGCAAUACCAAGCAUGGAGUAGCAUUUAUAGAUCCUGCUGCUGCUGCUGCUACCGUCAAACUUGCAUCGCCAGCUCCUGUUCAGCCUAGCUCCGGUCCAAUUAUUAUGGAAGACUUGAUUGACUUGUCUGAUGACGUUGUUGAAGCACCAAAGAAGCUUCCACCCCUCAUUCCUAAGAAGCCAAACUCACUUAAAGGAAAUACGCUCCAAAAGAAACCCCCAUUACCCAGUCGUCCUCUCCAACAUGCCCAAACAGACUCGCUACUUGUGAUUCAUCUGCCUUCACCUCCCUCUUCAUCCAGCAUUGGCUCAGAUGGCAAUUCCUUGGAUUUAUCAGACGAUGCUCCCCCUCUUCCUCGACGACCCGUACAUGCCCGUACCGAAGGAAACUGUUUUGAAGACACCAAUGACGUCAACAGUAUUAUAGAAUCACCAAGUUUCUAUGAAUUGGAAGAAAUGGAUAGGAAAGGUGCUACUUGGAUUAGACGUAUCAUUACUGCCAUGCAAGAGCUAGAGGGAACAGGUACAAGAAUUAACUUGUUUGUUGAUGACGAUAUCCUGUUUUUUGAAAAGAGUAAUUUGGAUUUGGUUGAAAUACUUAGGAGUAUACAUUAA